ACUCAUCUUUAUUUUAACAGGAAAACUGAGAUAUGCCAACAACAGCAAUUACAAAAAUGAUGUAAUGAUCAGAAAAGAGGCCUAUGUACACAAGAGUGUGAUGGAGGAACUGAAGAGAAUAAUUGAUGACAGUGAAAUCACAAAAGAAGACGAUGCCUUAUGGCCUCCACCUGACAGAGUUGGUCGGCAGGAGCUUGAAAUUGUAAUCGGUGAUGAACACAUCUCUUUUACCACAUCAAAAAUCGGAUCACUUAUUGAUGUAAAUCAAUCCAAGUAUGUAGUCUGA